AUGUCAACUGCUGCUUCGAAAUUAGCGAGAGUCGAUGAACUCAUCGAACGAAUAGAAAAGAUAAAAGUGUUAGAAGAUCAUUGGAGGCUGGUUGGGAAAAAUUUAACUCGACUUCGACAAGGAUUAAAUGAGAAGCGUGUAACAAAAGAUGGACAUCGUACAAAGGAAAAAAUUUCACAAACAAUUAAAACCAUCGAACAAGUUGCUGCUAGUUGUCGUGAUGAUCAAUCUGAAUCGGAAGGUAUUGCCUAUCGAGAACUUGAAUCAGUAUUGCUUCGCCUUCAAUUGCGCCUUGCACAACAUCAAGCUAACUUAACAGAUGAUUAUGAAACUAAAGUCAAUAUAAUCAGCGACACUUAUCAUGAGCAGCAGCUUCUUCAACAGAACGAUUACGAUAGAAAGAAGAGUCAAAGAUUGAAGGAAAUCGAGCAACAGACACAGGAGCACACGAAAGAAGAACUUGAUCGAUUGCGUGCAAGACAUGCAAAGACGAUUGAAUCUUAUCUUCGUUGUUGUAUGGAGUUACAUAAAACUGUACCAUUUCGUGGUCUCAAAGAUGAUAUUGUUGGUAGAGUUGCUAAUAGUUUCUAUGAACUUUCUCCGGAAACUCAGAUAGAAUUCGAACAGAAAUGGCAAAAAUGUGAAUUACCUCUCACUCGUACAUUUAUUCAAUUGAAACCUGAUGAAUCUACAUCAUUUGAAAGAAGCGAAUCACGACGAUUACUCAUCGGACAAGAUAGUGAGAGACAAGAGGCGAUUGAUCCAUGGCAACAAUUGAUAUCAGCACCCUACAUGUUAUCAAUGGUUGAACGAGAUCGAUAUGCUCAAGAAGAAGCAGAGGAAAAUGUUAAUGUGGAAGCUAUCCUUCGACUAAAACGUUGGAUUGUUAUAUUGGGUGAUCCGGGUACUGGAAAAACGAGUUUUGCUCGAUGGCUUGUUCAUCAUCUAGCUCAAACGCUUCUUUCCAACGGACAAAAUUCGAGUGAUUUCGAUCCUCUUCGAAUUCCAAUUCUGAUUCAUAUUGGAGAAUUUGCUGAACUUUUGAACCAACAGCCGUCAUUGACUCUAUUUGAGUAUAUUGGACAACACAGAUGGAUGGGCAAAGUCAUUGUUGAUGAUCAAGCGAUUUCUCUUGAUGACUUAUCAAGUGCUCUUCAUGAUUACAUCAGACAAGGUCAAGCUUUGAUUAUUCUUGAUGGUCUUGAUGAGAUUCAAGUUUUUGAUCAACGUUCAAAAGUGAUCCAUGUUGUUGAAAAUUUUGUCGAAACUUAUGUUCAAACACCGACAGGUAGGUCUGUAUUUGAUAAUCUACAUUUGAACAGGUACUUCGAUGAUCCAUCUCAAUCUGGAGGAAACCAGUUAAUUAUUACAAGUCGUAUUGUGGGCUAUCAUGCUGCUCCUUUAGCUGGUCAAUUUUCACAUUAUAUAAUCCAACCGAUGGAUAUCGAGCAUAUGCAAGACUUUGUUGAUUAUUGGUUUUAUCAUGUUCAUCAGCAGAUUAUCGCUGCUUUAAGUCUGUCAAAAAGCAAUCAAGGAAAGAAUCACGGUGAAGCACUUAAGCAAGAAUUGACAAAAGUAGAUAAUGUUAGUCUUCUUAAUAUGGCUUCGAAUUGUUGCCUGAUGUCAUUCAUUUGUAGCGUAGCUUUUCGUCAAUCAAAUGGUUCAUCACUACCUGCUCAGCGUAUUGAAUUUUAUCAAGAAAUUGUUGAUUCUAUGUUGCAUUCAUGGAAUACUAAAGAAUCGACUAUUAGUAUAUCAAAAUUUAUUCAAAUUCUAAGUGAUAUCGCCAUUCAUAUUCAUGAAAAUUCAGUUUCUGGUCUCAUUCACGAAGAUAAAAUGAAAGAAAUUUGCAUUCAAUCGAUUAAAAUUUCCUUAAAUGAAAGCCUAUGCAAUAAUGAAGAUCGUUGUGAGAUCGAAGACCAAACAACUGAAUUUGUACGAAUAUGUCAUAACAGUAUUGGGAUAUUAACUGCUCGCGGUGAAUCUCUUUAUGGAUUCCUUCAUGUGACAUUGCAAGAAUAUUUUACUUGUUUGAAACUUACCAAUGUCGACGAAUUAAAAAACGAAAUAUCAGUCGUUGAUGAAUCUUCUUCAGAAAAUAAAAUUUAUCUUGUUAUUCAAUCAUUGCGUCGUCAUAUGAAUGAUCCGCAUUUUAGAGUACCUACUGCACUUGCUCUGGGUAGGAUUAGUUCUUGUUGGUCACCGAAUGAUUUUGAUGAUUUUUGUUGCAAAUUUAUCCAAGUUGAAGAUGAAUCCGAGUCUCUUUUACCAGUUGGUGCUUUCAUACUAAUUAGUUGUGUCAAUGAUCUUGUUCAUUAUCCUUCAAACAAUAUUUUGUUUGAUGCAUUAGAUCAAUUAAUCAUUACAGCUGGUCAACAUCAAUGGUCGCUUAUUUGUCCAUUUCUUUUCGAUCAUAUUGCAGUUGCACUAAGAAAACUUCGAAAUAAUAUUGUUCCACUCUGGAUUAAUAAUCUUUUGUCCAGAUCCCCACCACUAGAUAUUCAAACGAUCUCAGCUCUGUGUUAUCUUCUCGAAGGAAAAUCUGGUGAAUUUGAAAACAUCCAUUGGUUGGAUCAAUCAUCUUGUUCGAUGCUUCAAUCUCUCUCAACACUGGAUGAUGAGGAGAAUCAAUUUGCAAUUGAUCGAUUGCUAGUUAAAAUUUCUUUCUUUAACCAUCGUUUGUUAUCUGUUCAUCCAAAUACUUUAAAAGAGUUUUUAAUUGCAAAACAAAUUGAAUUACAUUCAAUUCCUGCUUUUCUUUUGCCUUUAAUCAUUAUUUUGUAUGGUGGUUUGAAGCGAGAUGAACAAUCAAUUGUCUUCGACCCAAUUCAUAUCUAUCGUGAGUCACCGGCUGUAACACUAAUUUUGAUACGUUUUCUUUCCAAAAAAGACCGUAAUAAGAACGAUCAAAAUCCGAUCGACCUUCAAGAAAACUUUUUAAAUGCUCUCCUAACACGAAUAGAAACUAAAGAUCAAUCUUCGGAAACUGUCGAUAUUUGUAUUGCAAUGAUCUGUUUAUACGGCAUUGAUUUUAUGCGACAAAAUGACAAAAUCAUGUCAAAUGUUUCUUUUAAUAUGAGUAUCAGUAGAUUCAAAUAUGUUUCAAUGAUUUUACGUCAAUUCUAUUUUGCUAAUGACGAACACGAUCGUUCAAUAGAAAAUGAAACAACAACAUUUAUUUCUAGGCUAACCAAACGAGUUCACGUAGAUCAAUCAUCAAAACAGUUAUUUUUAGGUUUCUUAGAUUCAUUAACAAGUGGUAUGGCUCGUUUACGAUCUUCUACAACAUCGAUUGUGCUUGCACAAGCAUCAAUGAUAACGGAUCUUCUUUCAUCUAAUUUAUCAUCCAAUCGAUGGAAAUACUCUAAAAAGUUUUGGUUUAUUUUAAACAAUACAUUACAUCGUUUGAAAUUAGUUGAAUUCAAAGCCUGUCGCUUGAUCGAAUGUUGGAUGAGAUGGAAAGAAUCAGCUGAACUUUCUUUGUUUGCUUUUCAUGCUGCAUUACUUCUUGCUCAAUCAGAUUAUUGGUCUGUUGAAACUGCCACCAUUGAAGUAUCUGUAAGUCUUCAAUGGCUAAACACGGGUGGUAUCGCUGAAUAA